ACUAGAAAUUUACUCUGUGGAGCUCAGUGGAACUAAAGACGUUGAGAAAACAGACAAGGAGGAUGGCAAGGAAAAGUACCGGGGCCUGAAGAACAAAUGCCUGGACACCAAAAAGAAUCAUCAGAAAGAAGAGUUUAAGAAAGAACUCGACCUGGAUGACCACAAGCUUAGCAAUAAGGAAUUGGAAAAGAAAUAUGGAACAGACAUCAUUACGGGUCUCUCCAGCUCAAGAGCUGCUGAGCUGCUGGCACGGGAUGGGCCCAAUGCCCUCACCCCUCCCAAGCAGACGUCGGAGAUCAUCAAGUUUCUCAAGCAGAUGGUGGGGGGCUUCUCCAUCCUUCUGUGGGUGGGAGCCUUCUUAUGCUACAUCGCCUUUGGGAUCCAGUACUCCAACAACCCAUCGUCAUCCCUGGACAAUGUAUACUUGGGCUCCGUACUUAUCCUGGUCGUCAUUUUAACAGGGGUCUUUGCUUAUUACCAAGAGGCAAAAAGUACCAACAUCAUGUCCAGCUUCAGUAAGAUGAUCCCUCAGCAAGCCCUGGUCAUCCGAGAUUCCGAGAAGAAGGUAAUCCCCGCAGAGCAGCUUGUGGCAGGGGACAUUGUGGAGGUUAAAGGGGGAGACCAGAUCCCUGCGGACAUCAGGGUGCUGUCUGCUCAGGGGUGCAGGGUAGAUAAUUCAUGUCUCACAGGGGAAUCUGAACCCCAGUCCCGCUGCUGUGAGUUCACUCAUGAAAACCCCCUGGAAACAAAAAACAUCUGCUUCUAUUCUACAACCUGUCUGGAAGGCACUGCCACUGGCUUGGUCAUCAGCACAGGUGACCGCACCAUCAUUGGUCAUAUUGCCUCCUUGGCGUCAGGAGUUGGAAAUGAGAAGACACCUAUUGCCAUUGAGAUCGAGCACUUUGUUCACAUGGUGGCAGGAGUGGCCGUCUCCAUUGGCGUCCUUUUCUUCAUCAUCGCAGUGUGCCUAAAGUAUCAAGUCCUGGAUGCCAUCAUCUUCCUCAUUAGCAUCAUCGUGGCCAAUGUGCCUGAGGGCCUCCUGGCCACUGUCACUGUGACACUGUCAUUGACCGCCAAACGGAUGGCCAAGAAGAACUGCCUGGUGAAGAACCUGGAGGCUGUGGAGACCCUCGGGUCCACCUCCAUCAUCUGUUCAGACAAGACUGGGACUCUGACACAGAAUAGGAUGACCGUGGCCCAUCUGUGGUUUGACAAUCAGAUCUUCGUGGCUGACACUAGUGAAGACCAUUCAAACCAACUCUUUGACCAAAGUUCUAGGACUUGGGCCUCCUUAUCCAAGAUAAUAACAUUGUGUAACCGAGCCGAGUUCAAGCCGGGACAGGAAAGUGUCCCCAUCAUGAAGAAAACUGUGGUUGGAGAUGCCUCAGAAACUGCUCUUCUGAAAUUCUCAGAGGUCAUUUUGGGUGAUGUGAUGGAAAUUAGAAAAAGAAACCGAAAAGUAGCUGAAAUCCCUUUUAACUCUACUAACAAAUUUCAGCUCUCCAUACAUGAGACAGAGGACCCCAAUGACAAGCGCUUCCUCCUGGUGAUGAAGGGGGCUCCCGAGCGGGUCUUAGAGAAGUGCAGCACUGUCAUGAUUCAUGGAGAGGAGCAGCCACUGGACAAGAGCACCGCCAAGGCCUUCCACAUGGCCUACAUGGAGCUGGGUGGGCUGGGCGAGCGCGUGCUGGGUUUCUGUCACCUCUACCUGCCAGCAGACAAAUUUCCAGAAAACUACUCAUUUGACAUAGACACCAUGAACUUUCCCACCUCCAACCUCUGUUUUGUGGGGCUCUUGUCAAUGAUUGACCCUCCUCGCUCCACUGUGCCAGAUGCAGUCACCAAGUGUCGGAGCGCAGGAAUCAAGGUUAUCAUGGUUACUGGUGAUCAUCCCAUCACAGCCAAAGCCAUCGCCAAGAGCGUGGGGAUCAUUUCAGCCAACAGUGAGACAGUGGAAGACAUUGCUAAUCGCCUCAACGUUGCAGUGGAGCAAGUUAACAAGCGGGAUGCCAAGGCUGCUGUGGUGACUGGCCAAGAGCUGAAGGACAUGAGCCCAGAGCAGCUGGAUGAGAUCUUAUCCAAUUACCCGGAAAUCGUCUUUGCCCGGACAUCCCCACAGCAGAAGCUGAUCAUAGUGGAGGGCUGCCAGAGGCAGGAUGCGGUUGUCGCUGUGACAGGGGAUGGAGUAAAUGACUCUCCAGCUCUAAAGAAGGCAGAUAUUGGGAUCGCCAUGGGGAUCGCAGGUUCCGAUGCAGCCAAAAACGCUGCUGACAUGGUCCUGCUGGACGACAAUUUCGCAUCCAUAGUCACAGGGGUAGAGGAAGGCCGGCUUAUCUUUGACAACCUGAAGAAGACUAUCGCUUACACCCUGACCAAGAACAUCGCUGAGCUCUGCCCCUUUCUGAUCUACAUUAUCGUUGGGCUGCCCUUGCCCAUCGGCACCAUCACCAUCCUGUUCAUCGACCUGGGCACAGAUAUAAUCCCCUCAAUUGCCUUGGCCUACGAGAAAGCUGAAAGUGACAUCAUGAACAGGAAGCCACGCCACAAGAAGAGAGACAGACUAGUGAACGCACCACUUGCUGUGUACUCCUACCUGCACAUUGGCCUCAUGCAAGCACUGGGAGCUUUUGUCGUGUAUUUCACCGUCUAUGCACAGGAGGGCUUUCAGCCUACCUCUCUCAUUAACCUGCGGGUAGACUGGGAAAAAGAUGAUGUAAACGACUUGGAAGACAGCUAUGGGCAGGAAUGGACAAGGUACCAGCGGAGACACCUGGAGUGGAUAGGCUACACAGGUUUCUUUACUGGCAUCCUGGUCCAGCAGAUAGCAGAUCUGAUCAUUAGGAAGACCCGGAGGAAUUCCAUCUUCCAGCAGGGCCUCUUCAGAAAUAAAGUCAUCUGGGUGGGGAUUGCCUCGCAGAUUAUCAUUGGGCUGAUCCUGUCCUAUGGCCUUGGAAGCGUCACAGCCCUGAGUUUCGCUGUGCUCAGGCCUCAGUACUGGUUUGUGGCUGUGCCACAUGCCAUCCUGAUCUGGGUGUAUGACGAGGUGCGGAAACUCUUCAUCAGGCUCUACCCUGGAAGCUGGUGGGAUAAAAACAUGUAUUACUGAGACCACCUCACUUCCAGCCCUCCUAAAGGCACACGAUGCUCUUGUUCAUCUUCUGGGCACUUGAUGGGAGAUUCCUAUGCAGUGUAAACAUCAUCAAAAUUCAUGUGAGAAAACAUUCACGAAGAAAACUGUAUGAACAACACUCACUGAUACUUUGUACUUAAGCUGAGAUUCAACUAUUUAUAUAUGAUUUUCAUCUCUAUCUCCAUCUCCCUAUUUUAAAAUGUGUGACCUUCAAGGUUGUGGUAUAGGGAA